AUGGAUGGCGCCCGACUGAUCGCAGCCUCGACAUCCAACCUCAUCGCGCCUCGUCCAUCACGUCCGGACCUGUUCGUCGAGCAAAGUUGGCGCUGCCGCACUAAGCAGCGAGCUGACCUUGAGCUGCCAGCCCUUGUUGCCUGUGUGAUCCAAACAGCGCCGCUCCAUCUCCCCCAAAACAUAACCCAUUCCAUCUCGGCCGACUCAUCCGUCGCCGCUGCUCGCUGUUCGCAUCCCGAGUCGCCAGUCGCAGGACGACCGCUGCCGACGGCACACGCGCCCAAGGCGCACCCGUUCGUGUCGCCGCAAAGCCCAGAAGCCGCUACCGGCGCGCCCUCCAGCCAGAGCCCGCUGCGAGUUGCCCAUGGAGUAAGGCAGAGCGCCAGUGCAGUCACCCCAAGCCAACCAUACCAACAUCAUUCGCCAAAUACACCGGCGCCCUUGCCUCUCCACCACGCCAACUUGCACCCCCAUCAACCUCCCCAAUCCCCAAACAACACCGAGCUGCCGCCCAUCAGCACGGCCCUCUAUUCCCGCGACACGUCUAGGUAUUACGACCCGACUUCAGACAAUGGCGACCGUGGCCUAGCUCGGGACCCGGCGCGUUACGACCCCCAAUAUCCUGCACAGCAGGCUCGGGAUCCUCACGCGUAUCCAGACUCUCGCCCUGCACACAGCCCCUACGACAAAGUCUAUCAAUCGCCCGUCACCACCUCGUACGCGCACCACUCGCCGUUGCAGCGCCCCAUCUCGCAGCACCAACACACUGGCGGAAUGGAGGCAAUGUCGCACUCGCCCGUCUCGCCAUCGGUAUAUCAGUCAAUGAACCGCGGCGCUGUCCAGCCACCGCCGCCGAGUUACUCCAGGAGAACAUCCAUCAAGGAUGAGGCACCGCCGCCAACACGCGCGGACCCCAUGUCGCUCUCGAGCAUAAUGUCCUCUGGUGCAGACAACGAGCCUUCCCAAAAGCCUCAGCCUCCCCCGACGACCGUCAUCGUCGACCCAUUCCGAUCAACCAAGCCUUUGCCCAAUCAACACUUCGUCAAGCAAGAGGCCAUGGCAUCUCCAGCGCCCACUGACCUGCCUCCGCACGAGAAUGGCUACCUGCCGCGAGUAUACGACGUCGUACCAGUUGCCAGCACCGUGCAAUCCGCACAGCUGUCUGCGACCCGUUCGUUGCCUGCGCCCGACGAAGCCGAGGUCGAGGCUGAACUCGCAAACAUCGAGACCAGGAAAAUGACCGAUCUGGACGACUCAGGUACCCCGCACGAGUUCGACGACUACAAGAAGCGGAGCCAAAAGCGCGUUCUCGAAGUUGCUGCUGCCGAAGCAAGCAAGCGCAAGCGACGGCGGACUGCAACUCUGAUCCGCUUCCAGGAUGUCUCUGCUGCCCAUCGUGACUAUGCUAAGCACUCGUACAAUGUGGAGCACGAGGGCGAUGCCUGGCAGCAGGUUCAGAGCCAGGAGAUUGCUGAAGAGAAGGAGCGCAAGAAGGACAUGCAGCGGAAGCGGAGACGAGAGAAGACGAUCCAGAACGAGGAAGCCAAGCGGGCCGAAGCUCUGGCAAAGGCUGGCCAAGCUGAAAACGAGGAGGAGAAAGAGCGUCACUUGUUGGCUGCACAGAAAGCGGAGCGAAAGGCGAAGACUACCAGUCAACUCCUGCAGGGCAACGCCCCCAGCAAGGACAUCCGCGAAGUCACUCCCCACGGACCAAACAUGGAGGGCGGCACCAUGAGCUCAUUCCAGGCCUCCGACGACGUUGUAGGUGGAAAGCGCAAGGGCAAUCGUGGUACCGGCCGUCUUAAGAAGAGCAAGGAACAAAAGCAAGCAGAGAAGGACGCCGCGGCUGCAGGUCAGGCUGCUAUUGACCGUGGCGAUGAUCUACCCAUGAUUGCGCCGCGCGAGGAAGCACGCCUCGACUCCCUACGAGGCCGCAGCUUUACGGAAGACCUAGGUCCCGUUGUCCUCACCUCCUACGACUCGUCUGUGUACCGCAACCUUUACCAGCAGAUCGUCAAGGAUCUGGCUCGGAAAGAUAUCCCCAAGGUCGUCCGCAUCAAGGAGAACUCGCUGUCUACAAAACAGUCAAACCUCCGCAAGACUGCUCAACUCGCCGCCAAGGAGGCUCGCAGGUGGCAAAUGCGUACCAACAAGAACCAAAAGGACACACAGGCUAGGGCCAAGCGAGGCAUGCGCGAGAUGCUUGCAUUCUGGAAGAGGAACGAGCGUGACGAACGCGAGUCACGGAAGAAUGCAGAGCGUCAGGAGCUGGAGAAUGCGAAGAAGGCCGAGGCCGAUCGGGAAGCAAAUCGACAGAAGCGCAAGUUGAACUUUCUCAUCUCGCAGACGGAACUCUACUCGCAUUUCAUCGGCAAGAAGGCCAGGACAGACGAGAUCGAAAGAUCCACCGACGACACUGAUGCCGCCGCUGCCGCUCCGCAAGAAUCCCACAAGUCUGGUCUUGAUGUUGGUGAUAUGCCAACAGACGGAACUGCCAAGGUCACAAAUUUUGAGGACCUCGACUUUGACAACGAAGACGAGAGCGCUCUCAACGCCGCUGCCAUGGCGAACGCCCAACACGCUAUUCAGCAGGCACAAGAUCGGGCUCGUGCCUUCAACAAAUCUGGCGAUGACGAGGAUGAUGGAGAAAUGAACUUCCAAAACCCGUCUGGACUUCAGAACAAGGAAGACUGGAUCCCUCAACCCGGCCUGCUCAACUGUACUCUCAAGGAAUAUCAACUCAAAGGUCUCAACUGGCUGGUCAACCUGUAUGAGCAAGGUAUCAACGGUAUCCUAGCCGACGAGAUGGGUCUUGGAAAGACUGUCCAGUCUAUAUCCGUCAUGGCCUAUCUCGCCGAGAGGUACAAUAUCUGGGGACCUUUCCUUGUGAUUGCUCCAGCAUCAACACUGCACAACUGGCAACAAGAAAUCACCAGAUUCGUUCCAGACCUCAACGUCAUCCCAUACUGGGGUACUGCCAAGGAUCGUAAGAUCUUGCGUAAGCUCUGGGAUCGAAAACACGUCACAUACACUCGCGAUUCGCCCUUUCACGUCGUGGUCUCUUCGUACCAACUGGUUGUUCAAGAUGCUCAGUACUUCCAGAAGAUGCGCUGGCAGUACAUGAUUCUCGAUGAGGCACAGGCUAUCAAAUCCUCCCAGAGUUCUCGUUGGAAGAGUUUGCUUGGGUUCCAUUCGCGUAACCGACUGCUCCUGACAGGUACACCGAUUCAGAACAACAUGCAAGAACUUUGGGCCCUUCUUCAUUUCAUUAUGCCUAGCUUAUUCGAUUCUCACGACGAGUUUAGCGAAUGGUUCUCCAAGGAUAUUGAGAGCCACGCGCAGAGUAACACGAAGCUCAAUGAGGACCAGCUGAGGCGACUUCACAUGAUUCUGAAGCCAUUCAUGUUACGACGUGUCAAGAAGCAUGUACAGAAGGAACUUGGAGACAAGAUCGAGUUGGACGUCUACUGCGAUCUGACCUACCGACAGCGCGCAUACUACGCCAAUCUCCGUGCGAAGAUCAACAUUAUGGAUUUGGUCGAGAAGGCAGUCGGAGACGAGCAAGACAGUGCAACUCUGAUGAACUUGGUCAUGCAGUUCAGGAAGGUUUGCAACCAUCCUGACUUGUUUGAGCGCGCCGACACAUGGUCUCCUUUCUCGUUCGCUUCGUUUGCCGAGACUGCAUCGUUCCUCCGCGAAGGCCAGAAUGUUCGAGUCGGAUACUCCACGCGAAACUUGAUUGAAUACCCCUUACCGCGACUUAUUGGUCGUGAGGGUGGCCGGCUAGAGCUUGCGGGUCCCGACAAUCAGAAGGCUGGCUUCAAAGGACACUACCUUGACAACUUGAUGAACGUAUGGAGCCCAGACAACAUUGAACUAUCCGCUCGAGAAGCUGGAGCAUUCUCUUGGCUCCGUUUCUCCGACCUGUCAGCUAGCGAGGCCUCCAAGGUUGCCAGGAGCGGUCUUUUCCAGCGAGCUCUUGCUGCUGGGCAGAAGCCAAACCGGGUUGGACGCUUCAACGUACUGUACAGUGAUGACAACGGCAAGUGGGAGCCGAAGCAUUCGAUGCUCAACAUUGUCGAUCGCCAGGAUCGUCUGCCUUUGGUCGAAGUCGCAACAGAAGGACACAUGCAUAACCUUUUCAAUGUUGCCCGGUCUGCGUUUGAAAAGACGGGCCUGAACGUCAUUGAGCCUUGUGCCAAGCCAAAGGCAUCAGCACCUCCAGUCGAACUGUACUGUGCCAGCCAGGGUGUCAUCACCGAAAAGCAGAGCAUCUACUUCAACGGCCCCAUCAGGAAUGCGCUAUACGGUGUUUCUGAAGCAUCUGAGCACACCAUGUUGGAAGCCAAGACGGAAAGCGCUGCGCUGACUGUUUGCAACAAGCUUCCUCAACCCACCAACGAGCGAACACGCUUCACGCACAUCGAGGCUCCAUCAAUGUCACGCUUCGUCACCGACUCUGGCAAGCUAGCUCAACUAGACGCACUGCUGAAGGAGCUCAAGGCCAACGAUCAUCGUGUCCUGCUGUACUUCCAGAUGACUAGGAUGAUGGACCUGAUGGAGGAGUAUCUGACGUACAGGAACUACAAGUACUGCCGUCUGGAUGGAUCCACCAAGCUCGAGGAUCGUCGCGAUACUGUGGCGGACUUCCAGAGCGACCGCUCUAUCUUUGUCUUCCUCUUGUCUACUCGCGCUGGUGGUCUUGGUAUCAACUUGACAUCUGCCGAUACGGUCAUCUUCUACGAUUCGGACUGGAACCCUACCAUCGAUUCACAAGCCAUGGACCGUGCUCAUCGUCUCGGUCAAACGCGCCAGGUCACUGUCUACCGUCUCAUCACUCGUGGCACUAUCGAAGAGCGUAUCCGCAAACGUGCUCUACAGAAGGAAGAAGUGCAGCGCGUUGUCAUUUCUGGAGGCGGAGGAGCCGGAGUCGACUUCAACACUCGAUCCAGGGAGAACAGGACCAAAGACAUGGCUAUGUGGCUCGUCGACGACGAUCAGGCAGCAGAGAUUGAGAAGAAGGAGGCAGAGCUGGCAGAGCAAGAGAAGAAUGCUCCACCAGGCAAGAAGCGCAGCAAGAAGAAGCAGCGGGCCGAGGCUAACCUUGAUGACAUGUACCACGAAGGCGAAGGACACUUUGACGAGAGCGCCAAGGCGAGUGGUGCAGCUACACCCAUUGCUCCCACGGAAACUCCCGCAGGAGGCAAACGCAAGAAAGGCGGGCUUAGCAAGAAAGCCAAGACAGCCAAACAGCGUCUUGCAGUCGCUGAUGGAGAGGUCUAGAUUUCUGUAACACGAUAACAAUAUUUCCUUUUAUCUCUAUAAUUCGGUCUAGUAGCGGGUUCAAUAUUUGCGACGGGAUCCGUUGACCUGUGGGCAUAUUCUGUACGGAGUGGGUUCUUGCAUGUGUACACUAUGGAAUUUCUCUCUGCGUUAGGGUUGUCACGGCGAGCUGCUUUGUAGCUCCAUUUGCAUAGAUAGGGGAGUUCAAAAAUGUAGGGAAGACGUUACUUGCA